GUCUGAAAGUUUCCCCGAGUUACCCGAGUGAAGGCGGCGGUCCGCCUGUGAAAGUGAAGUCAGUGAAGUCGAUUUCACGUUCGGAGACUUCGCGACUUAAUCAACAAAACAGUCAUCUCAUGGUCCCGGUGUACUUAGGAACCUGACUGCAGACAGCAAUCCGAAUGGAACCGAUCCAGUCCUCAAGUUGUGGUAAUGGAGUUGCAUCGUUGGGGAAAGCCAGCAGCCCAUUGAAAGUCACCGAGGACAUCUCGUUCAGAUGCUGUUCCUGCUCCUAUGUCACCAGGGAUCAGCGUGAAAUCGUGAUCCACCUGGUUGCCCAUGGUGAUGAACAAUUCAAGAGCCAGCAUCCUCCCGUGUCUUCUGGCUCUUGGUUCAAAGUGCCAAGCAACACUCAAAAUAACAAAAGUGAUAAGUUCCAAUGCAGGCUGUGCCCCCAAGCCUUUGCUCAGAAUUCAAAUCACAGAAGGCAUAACCAAACACACACCAGUGAAAAGCCAUUUAAGUGCAAGCUUUGCCCCCAUGCCUUUGCUCGGAAUUCAGCUCUGAGAAUGCAUAACCGAACACACACUGGUGAGAAGCCAUUUAAGUGUAAGCUUUGCCCAAAAGCCUUUGCUCGGAAUUCGGAUGUGAAAAUCCAUAACCGGACACACACUGGUGAAAAGCCAUUUAAGUGCAAGCUUUGCCCAAAAGCCUUUGCUCUGAAUUCAGAUCUGAGAAGGCAUAACCGAACACACACUGGCGAAAAGCCAUUUAAGUGCAAGCUUUGUCUAAAAGUCUUUGCUCGGAACUUUGGUCUGAGAAUGCAUAACCAAACACACACGGGUGAAAAACCAUUUAAGUGCAAUUUUUGUCCAAAAGCCUUUGGUCGGAAUUCAGAUCUGAGAAAGCAUAACCAAACACACACUGGUGAAAAGCCAUUUAAGUGCAAGCUUUGCCUCCAAGCCUUUGCUCGGAAUUCAGAUCUGAGAAGGCAUAACAAAACACACAUUGGUGAAAAGCCAUUUUAGUGCAAACUUUGCCCAAAGGCCUUUGCUUGGAAUUCAUUUCUGAGAGUGCAUACCCGAACACACAUUAGGGAAACUCCAUUUAAGUGCAAGCUCUGCCCAAAAGCCUUUGCUCUGAGUUCAGUUCUGAUAAUGCAUAACCAAACACACUGGUGAAAAGCCAUUUGAGUAUAAGCUUUGUCCAAAAGUCUUUGCUCGGAAUUCAGAUCUGAGAAUCCACAACUGGACACAGUGGCAAACGGGCAUUUAAGUGCAAGCUUCGCCCAAAAGCCUUUUCUCUCAAUUCAGAUCUGAGAAGGUAUAACCAAGCACACUGGUGAAAAGCCAUUUAAGUGCAGGCUUUGUCUAAAAGCCUCUGCUUGGAAUGCAGGUCUGAGAAUGCAUAACCACACACAUACUUUGGAAAAGCCAUUUAAGUGCAAACUUUGUCCAAAAGCCUUUGUUUGGAAUUCAGAUCUGAGAAUGCAUAACCAAACACACAGUUGUGAAAAGCCAUUUAAGUGCAAGCUUUGCCCCCAAGCCUGGGCUCGGAAUGCAGAUCUGAAAGUUUGUAAUCAAACACAUGCUGCUGAAAAGUCAUUUAAGUGCAAGCUUUGCUCAAAAUCAUUUGCUCUGAAUUCAUUCCUGAAAAAGCAUACCUCAAUACAUGCUGGUGAGAAGCCAUUUAAGUGCAAGAUUUGUCCAAAAGCCUUUACUUUCCAUUCAACAACUUCAGUGUUGGCGUCGCUUGCCUGCAAUAAAGCGGAGCCUCCUCUGUGGACGGGGCUGGGGGACCUCUCUCAACGGAGCAACUGUCGACACCGAGUGGGAAAAGGUCGCUUCUGUGUUCGGCACAUUGUGAGACCUUGGAAGUUUUGACGAGACUCGGUGCAAGGUCGAGCCCGAGGUUGUAUUUCAUUUUCUCCAAACAAAGCGAGGGGUGACCUUGCAAAGUACAGCCUGCUUGGCUGCCUUGCUUGCUGACCAUUUCCUGUUUGGAAGCCUAUGACUAAUCGAAACAGGUGACAAGCUAGGCUGCCAAAUGGAUUGCGUGCUCGGCGAAAGUGGAAUGUGAUUUCAGACUCGAGCUUGCAUCAAGCAUCGUCGGAACUGCCAAGGGCUCGCAGCAUGCCAGAGGCCGAAGCGACCAUUUCUCGCUAAGCAUAGACCGGUGCUCCUUCGGCACCCUGCUGCUCCGGUUCAAGAGCUCCCCAAGCCUGGCCCGUGAAAGAAACUUUGCCAAUUUGCAGGCCAGUGACAUCAACACUCGCGGCCUGUAUCAUACGUUUGGUUCCUACGAUUGUACAGUCUCAUCUAUUUUCUCCUGCUCACGUUACAGCUGAUGCAGUAUAGCAGAUGCAGAGCUCCAAAGUAUAUGACACUCCAUUGUAAACUACAUGCUUGUGAUGUGGUGAGAGGUUAAGAGUGCUUGAAACAUUUGCAGAAAGGAUUAACAAGCAUCCUACUGGUGUGUGUUCGUGGAUCACUACAGAGUGAUACUCGUUAAGGUACCCCAUCCACCAGUCCGAUUCACAUGAAGACGUCGCCGAGUCGUCGUCCCUUCUCCUGGGUGAAGACAUUGCUCGUCUUACGAACACGAAUUGGCAAGAGCUUGAAAAACGCGCAAACGUCGCCGUGGAGGCGAUUGCCAGGAAGACUUUUGGGUCAUCGGGGAAACAAAAUUAAAUGCAUCACCUCCCGCCUCCUCCCUCCCUUAGUGUAAGAAAGGAGGUUAGUUGGAUCGGAUCUCUGCGAGGGCGACCAAAGAUUUUUCGCUCCUACUCACCUUAAAGGGGUCAUGAAACGCUUUUCCAACUUUUUCCUGUUUAGCUUUCCUCCUCAACUCAUAAAUCGCGCAUUCCACCAAACAGUUAUAGGAGACGAAAAUGGGGAGUCCCCUCUUGCUCGCACUCUCGUUUGUAUAAUCCGGACACAUCCAUUCUCCCCCUAGAAGAUUAGCCCGUCGCUCAAAAUUCAAACAAAAGUUGCUUUCCCCACCCCGUUCAUUCCGAAGCUGACAGUGCUGUUGAAGCUACGUGCUCAUUGGGCCAGCCACACUUGCCACGUGAGCGUGGCAAAUGUGGCUGCAGAGAAUGAAGUCAGGUGAUGAAACGGAGGCGGCUGAUUGGUCCGGCAAGCGCGUAGCUUCCACCACAAUGUCAGCUUAAGGGUGAAGGGAAUAAGUGAGGUCCGGUUGCGUGUGACGUCAGUUUGGACCCGUUGACGCGCUUUUGGGACCGCGGAUGUAUCACAGUGAAAAGGCAGAGAGGUUGCGAAGGGGAGGAGGUACGAAAUAGUCCACUCUGUUUUCAAAUUUUCGCACUGAAAGUCAGGCUUUUGCCUUUCUACCUUUUUACUUUUGGUCCACUGAACGAUGUGCUAUUAGUAAAAUCCCAAUCUAAAAUGAUUUAUCCCAACCCAAAAAUCGUUUCAUGGGCCCUUUAAGAACACUUCGGUGUAGGUAGAGCUUUAUUGGGGGUGCCUUCAAAUUGUCAGAAAGGGUGCCAGGAAUGCUGCUGGAAGCUGCCGUAUGCACGGUUCGGUCGGGGGAAAAAAAGCAGUUUUUCGGCUCUUUUGAAAUGCAACGAUCAUCAACGAGAAGAAUACAUCGCCGGCAAAGAUCCGGGUGCAGAUUCGGUGUUGAAGAGUGCAUGUGCACCUAUUAUCAAUUGCUCCUUUAUGGAGGCUCUGCUGCUGUGCUCUUUUCUGGGAUGGUGCGUUAUCAGGUGUAAACCUUCUUUGUUUCGUCUCGACUAGAAAAUCUCUGUGGCGGUGUCAUAACCACCUCUGAUGUCGGCUGUGUUGGGUGUAUUUUUGUUGACGCUGUAGAAGUCGGAAGGCAUUAUAUCCUUUCGCCUGACCGAAGGAUUUAUUCGCGUGUUUGCAGUUUAAAACAUAUUUGUAACCAUCUAAGGUGCCGAGGAUACUAAUAGCUGCAUAUGAGUAAUGCCAGCGUUUAGUUUGUAUCUCGAUAAACAGAAAAUGCUGAAUGCGAUAGAUAUCUGGUCACUCAACAAUACCCUUUUUUCUUUGCAUGGUGUCCCCCUCUAAAAAGAUUGGUAGAAAACACAGUUUUCAUGCUUUUGCUUGUAAAAUCUUGUGAAUUUAAAGUGUCUGACAUUAAAAGUGCCCCAGUUGCUUCAAAUCUGCAGCGAGGUUGUUUUUUGCAAACUCUUUGUUGUUUGUCUCUGGUGAUGCCUGACGUUACAGCCGGUGAUGCCUGAUCACGGGCUGUAACCCGUGAUCACCGAGCCCGUGACUUUGUUUUCUUCCUCCGCAGCUUGGGUCGCUGGUGGUUCUGCUUCCUCAUUUUUCCUCCCACCUUUCUUUGCACGGCUUGUUUCAUUGCAGGGACAGGUUGCCGGAUAAACCGCUGCUUGGGUGUUGUUGACUAUUGCCACUACGCUAGACAGAACUUGCGAGGUGAGUCGCUUUGCAGAGGUUUCACAAAAAAUGAGCGGUCGCUUCUUCGACAUUUUCCUAGGUGGCUUGUUCUACACCGAGGACAAGUACUUCACACUGUUAAAAAAACUGACUUUUUUGUGCGUUCAGUAGUACUUUUUCUUCGUGCGGAGUGGGCUGAAAUAUUUUUUGCAAGCACAAUCACCGGGCUGAAGCUUGCGGUUGGAGUGGGGAAUUGCACUAUUUCAUAAUCCGAGGCGAUUGGGGUCCGCAGGUGUUUUAAAUAAGGUGACUUGCCGUGGCAAUGUGAAUCCAUCGGGCGCUCAUCGAUUCUUGAUCGGUAUCCAAGCGUGCGAAGGCACAGAGACGCAGCACUUGGGCGUGCGAAGGAAUCUUUGAUCAUGCCGCGAGACUGGCGAAACUUGCUUUCGACGACUUGUGCCUUUUUCCUGCAACACUGCGUUUCCGUAAAACUUUUUAUGUGUUCUCACAGCAAGUUUCACGGCUUGCACGGGUUUUAAAGAACUUCUUCGGCGAAUGAUGACAAACGAGUCCAAAACAUAUCUUCAGCACACUGCCGCCAACCUCCGUAACGCUCCAAAACCGCAAUUUUUUGGCAUGUAAGAUGGCCGUCUUGCAGGAGCAGGAAGCGCAAUCUAACAGUUGUUUUAGAGAUCAGUUGGUGGUCACAAUAUUUUGUUGCUCUGUGUUCUUGUUUGUGACAAUCAAUGUAGCCUUACCUGGUGCUAGUUGGUAACUGAAACUGCAAGUAAAAAUUAUUUCUAUUAAUAUUGCUCAUAUUACUAUUAUUAUUGUUGUUUUUCUGCACCUUGCAAAUACUGAAAAUAUGCCUGCUGCUGCGCACUGAUUAAAUGUUUAUAUU